CCGGGCCCCUACCCCGGCCAGCCGGGCGGCUACGCCGGCCAGGCCCCCUACCCCCAGCAGCAGCAGGGCGCGUACAUCCAGCCGCAAGGCAGCUACCCGCCACCUGCCCCAGGCUACAACCCCUACGCGGCCCCCGGCCACCCCCAGGGCCCCGCGGGCCCGUACGCGCCGCCCCAACAGCAGGCCAUGACGAGCGCCAGCGCCGGCGGCGGCGGCGCGUGCGCGUGCUGCGCGGCGUGCGCGGCGGCGUGCGCGGCGUGCUGCCUGCUGGAUACGUGCUGCGACCUGCUGUUCAGCGGUUUCGAUUAG